CACCCGUUUCCUCUGCGCGCGCUCGCCUACCUCCCAAAUUCGUUCGCUACUUCCCCACUCCGCCCCUCGCCCGCCGGCUGCUCGACGAAUUGCCCGUCCCGUCGCCCGAACGAUGAUGCCGCCGACGCCGCUUGCCGCGAUGCUUAUCCUUCCCUCGGCGCCCUCGCUGCGACCGCGGCUCGGCCUCGGGCCGUCCUCUAGCCGCGCGCGCGGAGUCGCCCUCCGUGCCCUGCCGGGCCGCCUCGAGCUCUGGCACCCACGCCUCGCCGCCGUAGAGAGCGGGCCUCCUUCCAGCCAAUCUUCUGCCCCGCCUCCUCAGCUUAGCUCGGAAUUGCUGGGUGGCAUGUCAGGAUUGGAUGCGGGGUUCGGAGGCGGUGGUGGUGGUGGAGACGGAGGUGGUGACGCUGAUCUCGGGUGGGUGCGGGUGUUCCCGCACGUGCUCACGGCGUCCAUGGCCAAUUUCCUCUUUGGCUACCACAUUGGGGUCAUGAAUGGUCCGAUAGAGGAUAUUGCACGAGAGCUUGGUUUUCAAGGAAAUCCAUUUCUCCAAGGUCUUGUGGUCAGCAUAUUCAUUGUCGGUGCAUUCUUUGGGAGCUUAGGCUCGUCUGCGCUAGUUGAUUAUUUAGGUUGUAAAAGGACUCUUCAGAUUGAUAGUAUUCCAUUAAUUCUUGGGGCUUUCAUCAGUGCACAGGCACAUUCGUUGGAUGAGAUGCUCCUGGGAAGGUUCCUUGUUGGCAUUGGAAUUGGCGUAAAUACCGUGCUUGUUCCAAUAUAUAUCUCUGAGGUUGCUCCAACAAAAUACAGAGGCACUUUGGGUACUCUAUGCCAGAUUGGAACAUGUUUAGGAAUAAUUGCUGCACUUUCCUUGGGGAUACCUUCUGAAAGUGAUCCACAUUGGUGGCGAACAAUGCUUUAUGCAGCAUGUGUGCCUGGUUUUUUCAUUGUUGUUGGAAUGCAAUUCGCCGUUGAGAGUCCACGCUGGCUUGCCAAGGUUGGGAGAUUAGAUGAUGCCAGAAAAGUGGUAGAGAAUAUUUGGGGAGUUGCUGAAGCGGAGAAGGCCAUGGAAGAAAUGAAAUCUGUUGUUGCAAAUGAUGAUUCACAGGCUAGCUGGUCAGAACUUCUGGCAGAACCCCACAACAGAGUUGCAUUGAUUGGAGGGUCGCUUUUCUUUCUGCAACAGUUUGCUGGAAUAAAUGGUGUUCUCUAUUUUUCAUCAUUAACAUUCCGUGAUGUUGGUAUUACGAGUGGUAUUUUGGCGAGCUUAUAUGUUGGAAUAACCAACUUUGGAGGGGCACUUGUUGCUUCAAAUUUGAUGGACAAGCAAGGACGGAAGAAUCUUUUGAUAGGGAGCUAUCUUGGAAUGGCAUUUGCUAUGUUCCUCAUAGUGUUUUCCAUCAGCUUUCCCCUUGAUGAAGGCGUUGGACAUACCCUCUCAGUUACCGGAACUCUUUUGUACAUUUUUACUUUUGCUCUUGGUGCUGGGCCAGUCACUGGAAUUAUCAUACCUGAGCUGAGCAGUGCCCGGACACGCUCAAAAGUUAUGGGGUUCAGCUUCACUGUACAUUGGAUAUGUAAUUUUGUGGUGGGACUAUAUUUCCUGGAGCUUGUAAAGUUGUUUGGCGUCGGAGCGGUGUAUGCAGGUUUCGGUGGAGUCUCCUUGCUGUCCGCACUUUUCGCUUACAAUUUCAUAGUUGAGACAAAAGGACGUUCUCUUGAGGAAAUUGAGAUGUCUCUGAGCCCUGCUGCCCCAGGGGAACGAAAGUAGAACAGGUUGUUGUAUCAAGUCAUGCGGAUGGGCCAAAAAUGAAUGGCAUUCAACUGCCUCGAUGAGUUUUUGAACCGAGAAGUACAUGCACUCCAAUGCCUGUGGGUAUAUCUGCUGGAGGUUAUGUAGAAGCAGUAGCUCUUUAGCAGCAGCAACAAUUUGUUGCGCACAAACACAGUUUCACCUAACUUCAAUCAUUAUGCCCAUGUAUGCAAUAGAUCACUGUAAUUGCUAACACACCUCAGUUGAUAAUAGCGCUAGCCAUUGGUGUACUGUCUAAAUACUGGGUAGAGGAAAUACCAUUCUUGUAUAUAUGUAGUAGUUUGCAGUUCUUUAUACAUGAAUAUAUUUUUUUGUGGGUCUUCA